CACUCUCAUCUCUUCCUCGCGUCUCUGCCGACUGCCUCACUCUGCCCGACUCUCGUCUCUGCCUCGCCAGUCGCCGCCUCGCCUCUCUUCCUCGCCGCACAGACCUUCGGCCUCACCUCACGCGUUCAUGCAGAAUUGAAUAAUGCAAUUCUUUGGAGGGUCAGAGAUUAGCCCAUCGCCUCCGGCACCAACGGCAUCGGGGAAUAAUGCACACAUGAUAUAUGUUUUCAAUAGGAAUGGAGUGUGCUUGCUCUACAGGGAGUGGAAUCGACCACUCCACACCCUCAAUCAACAGCAAGACCACAAGCUCAUGUUUGGUUUGCUUUUCUCACUCAAGUCCUUAACUGCCAAGAUGGAUCCCACUAGUGCGGAGAAAGGAAACCUUGGGGUGCCUCAGUUGCCUGGACAAGGUUGCUCAUUUCACAGCUUUCGUACUAAUACAUACAAGCUUAGUUUCAUGGAAAGUCCAUCUGGGAUAAAGAUUAUCUUGGUUACACAUCCUAGGACUGGUGAUCUGCGGGAAUCCCUUAAGUACAUUUACAACUUAUAUGUUGAGUAUGUUGUCAAGAACCCAAUAUAUACUCCAGGAACUCCAAUCAGGUGUGAGCUAUUCAAUACAACUCUUGACCAAUAUGCAAGAAGCAUCGCAUAGGAGCUCAAGUUAGUGCUUGGACCAUCAUUAUCUUGUAUUAAUGAUCUUGUAUAGAUGCACUUCUCCUUCAUUUUGAAUGUUUGGUUCUGUAUGUUGUGGCAGCCUUUGCACUCCGUAUGGCCCCAAGGACAACGGUAAAUUUGUGGUGGGUAGACCUACCUAUUUAGUGAAUAUUUUGUGCUAAUUUAAAUUCCAGAUUGUCACUAUGGAAGAUGGUCUGGCAUUUUAAUAGGUGUGGUUGAUGGACAAGCUGUAUGUGAGGUCUGGGACUAGUUUUAGAGCCUAGAAAUCAUUUUAAUGCGGUUGGUAGCAAUUGGUUGUGGUACACGUUAUUUCAAAAGCUUUUGAAGGACAUUGUUCAAAUUUCAAAUCUGACAUGAGAUGUUUCAAAGACUA